AUGGCGGACAAACUUCGCGCUCAGCAGCAACUCGAACAGCUGCAGACUCGUUUUGUCGGUACCGGGCACGCAGAUACUACGCGGUUCGAGUGGUCCUCCAAUAUUCAACGCGACAGUUUUGCUAGUUAUGUCGGCCAUCCUCCGUUGUUGAGUUAUAUGGCUAUUGGGAUGGGCGAGUGCCGGGAGAAGGUCCGAGGAGCGAUGAUCGAGGUAGGUUGA